UUCUCAUCACUUUCCCUCAUCACCAUAUCCCUUCACUCCCUGGUCACACUGCCUCAACUGAUCUCUCGCAUUAUCUCAAGGGCAAGGAAGUGAGGAUCACUAUGAGCAGGCCGGGAGACUGGACGUGCAGGUCAUGCCAGCACCUGAACUUUCAGAGAAGGGACAUGUGUCAGAGAUGUGGGGAUUCAAAGUAUGGAGAUUUUGGGAAUGGUGGGUAUGGAGGAGGAGGAAGAAUGAUGAUGGGAUCUUCAUUUGGGUUUAGCAGUAAUAGUAGUACUGGUUCUGAUGUUCGUCCCGGUGACUGGUACUGUUCCGCUGGAAACUGUGGAGCUCAUAACUUUGCCAGCCGAUCAAGCUGCUUCAAGUGUGGUGCUUUCAAAGAUGACUUUGCUUCUGCCUUCACCAGCUCUGACUUCUCUUCCAGACCUUUUGGUUCGGCCUCUUCCAGACCUUCAUGGAAAUCUGGCGACUGGAUAUGCAACAGGUCAGGGUGCAACGAGCACAACUUUGCUAGCAGAAUGGAAUGUUUUAAAUGCAGUGCCCCGAGGGACACGUACUAGAAAUGAGAUUCUACAUCCACUUUUGGGGAUUUCAUGGAUUCAAGCAGGGAGAGAGAGAGAGAGAUGUGGCCUGAUUUCCUGAUUUUUCGUCAAAAGAUAAUUGUGAAAGCUUGUAUUCGGAUGGUUUUGAGGCCACGUAGUUAAAGAUGGAAGCUGUAUCAAUCUCUCUUGUCCCUUUUUGUCAAAAUUACCAACAGCAAUUAAUGUUCUUUUGGUGCUUUAAUAUUAAACUGAGUUUUCUUUUGUAA